GUAACCGUGAAAAUGCAUUUCAACCAUUAUUUUAGCAAAUUCUUUUUACUUUGUGUUUUUUUCAUAGUGGAAUUCGAAUCUAAGAUUGCGGAUGUGAGCAACAGGCACUCAAAAUUUUUUCCGCUUGAUUGGGGCAUUGGUUUGGUCAGAUUUGAGAAUUCGGUGUGUGGGGGCGAUGACGGUUUCGAAGGCACUUGCUACACCAGAAGACAAUGUAAGGAAAUAGGCGGAGUUGGGGCAGGACCAUGUGCUAAAGGAAUUGGAGUUUGUUGCAUAAUUCAAAUAACUUGUGGGGGCUCCUCCUCGUACAACAACACCUACUUCACUAGCCCCAACUUCCCCGCCCCUUACACCGGCGGCUCCACCUGCACCGUCACCAUCCCCAAAUGCAGCCCCGAGAUCUGCCAAAUCCGCAUCGACUUCCUCACUUUCUCCCUCGCCCAACCCGACGGCAACGGCACUUGCACCACCGACGCCUUCUACGUCAUCGGCGGCGCCUCCAACGUCCCUGUUUUAUGCGGCGAAAACAGCGGCCAACACAUCUACGUCGACUUCAACGGCGACAGCGACAUCCAACUGGUCCUCAACACCAACGCCGCCGCCGCCACCGCCUCCAGAGCGUGGAAUUUCAAAAUCACGCAAAUCGGGUGCGACUGCCCCACGAAAGCCCCCACCGGGUGUCUCCAGUACUACACCGCGUUGAGUGGCACCGUCAGGAGCUUCAAUUACGGCACCACGGGGCCCCAAACAGGCACCAGGCAGUUGGCCAACGAGAAUUAUGGGGUUUGUGUGGAGAUGCAGCCAGGGUACUGCUCCAUCACGUGGAGCACCUCUCCGGGGGACAUGUAUGCGUUCACGGUGACGGGGAACACCAAUCAGGCGGUGGGGAAUGGCACCAUUGGGCCCCCUUCGGCGCUCUCCAAUGGGAACUGCACCACGGAUUUUGUGGUUAUACCAAAUCCCAGUUACGUGAACUCGAGUCUUGUGGGGCCCAACACUGAUAGGUUUUGCGGAAAUGGGUUCAAUUCAGUCACAACUUCGUCGAAACCAUUUGUGUUGACUGUGGUGACCGAUGGUACCGAUGUUUCACCCAUUGAUGAGGCCAAUCGGGGAUUUUCCCUCAUGUAUAUGCAGAACCAAUGCUCAGGGACUGGUACUUUAUUCGGAAAAUGAGCAGUGUUGCCAGGUGUGGUGAAAUUUCACCAGAUCUGGUGAUUUUCAUGUUAGUUUAAAUUCUAACAUCUGGUGAUUUUUUGGGAAUGUAAAAAACUGUUUUUCGUGCAUUUUCUGCGUUUUUAACCGGAAAAUUGAUUAUUUCGUCAAGUUGGUUAAAAAUAGUUCUGUUUUUUUACAAUAUUGUACUGACUGGAUCAAAAAUCACAAUUUAUUUUUGUCUUUUUCGAAUACUUUUUCAGAAACACAAUUUUUCGGAAAAUUUCGUUAAAAACAAUCCCAAAAUCCAACAAAUUCGGCCAAAAACGGCCUUAUUUUUGCCCUUUUCAAAUGUUUACGCACGUUUUUGAGAUUAAAAUUUCGUUGAAGCAGGCAAAAAAUUACAAAAUUAAAUCGAAAUUGAUGUUAUUUUUAGCUUGUUUUGAUCGAACUACUUUGUUUUUGGGCCAGAAACUCAUUUAUUUUGCAAAAUCUUAUCCAAACACGGCUAAAAAUCACAACUGAUAUUUUUUUUUUUUUUGUAUCACUCAAUUUACCGUUUUUUGAGCAAAAUUAAUACAAAAAUAAGACGAGAAACCACAAAAUUUGGUCGACAAUUUUUUUGUACUAAAAUCU